AUGGAUGCAGGUCCACCAACCCCACCGGGCGUUCAAAGUGAUGCACCAAUUGUAAGCCACGAUCUUCCCGGUCGUUCCAAUGCCAGGGGUCCAAGCAGUUCGACCCAGCCUUACACCACUGUGUGCUGUGCAGUACCCUACGAGUACAUAUCUCCGUCCAGCCCGCUCAUGCUCAUGCUUGUGAUUCUGGUGAUUCUGGUGUGGUGA